UAAAGGGAGAAGGUCCAUUAUUGUCUGAAACUGCAUGCAGAUGCUGGUAUAGAAAGCAUGGGAAACCCUUCUGGACUGCUGCUUUUUCUCCUAUCUAUACAGUCAGUAAAUUCUCUGAAGUGUUAUGUGUGCAGUUCGACAUCAUCUAAUGAGCACUGCAACAUAAAUACAGAGGAGUGCCAGGCUCCUCUCGAUACUUGUAUGACCACAGUGGACAGAAUGGGUGACGUGAAAGCAAUUGUGAAACAGUGUUCCAGUCUGAGAACAUGUGAAGGGGCUGCGGGCACCUCCUCUCUCGAUGCAAGAGGAAAUGGCAAUCAAGUUACAUGCUGUAACAGUCAGCUGUGCAACUUAAACACUGCAACAUCCAUUCAACUGUGUGCAUGGCUACUGACUCUAACCCUCUCGUUACUCACCAUACUUAUUAAACAAGAUGGUUAAAAGAUACAAAAUUUUGUCUAUUUAAGUUACACAUUUCUGUGACUUGAGCACACACAGCAAGUUCUCUGCAUUAUUGGUCAAUUAUUUUUGUUAGAGCACUGAAGUGCAAAACCCUGCAUAAGGUUUGGUAAUUGAAAUAUAGAAGAACAUCAACAAAAGUCCAAAUGAGUAUUUACCCUCAGGAUAAUGCAUUACCAGAAAAUAAUAAAUGUAUUAAUUAAAUACAUGUACAGGGUGUUAAAAUGAUUGUACUAAUAAAUAACAUUUAGUAAGAAAAUGGUCAUCAAGUUGUUAGACUUUUAUGCAAUCACACUUUUCUGCAAUCACAACUUUUUAACAGAAGAAUAACUUGGUUCUCUGUUUUAUAACAGUUCUGUUUAAUUCCUGAUCAAUGUCUUCUGAAAUAAAAGGUGGUCAAAUAUUCCAAAUAAAGUACAACAUUGUUUACACCUGCCCAUGUAUUCUUUAUUAUCAGUGUAUUUUGAAAACGACUGAAAU